AUGGCCGAACUCUUCCUGACCGAAGGUCUUGUGACCCUCUGGCAUUCCUACCGUCUCCCUAUUCUUAUCGCUGUCACUUCAGUCGCUAUUAUCCUGCAUGCCUAUCGCAGGUUCCAACCCAAGUCCAAAGCCGUAACCGCGUCCUCAAUUCCGCCAUCCCCUCGGAGCCAAUCCCCGGAGAAAUUGGACCAGAUUCGUACUGGGGAGCGUGAGAAACCGGCAGUCGCGGAGAAAAGCGUUCCAAAGCCUGCUGUUGGAAAUGACUCUGUCCCGAAGGUUUCAUCUGGGCCUAAGAGAGUAUCUGGGAAAAAGCCACUAAAGGUCGCUGGGCGCCGUCGGGAGGACCAGGGACCCCCGUUGUCUUUCAUCCAGCCUAUUAUUUUCUUCGCCUCGUUGACCGCGAAUACGGAGAGAUACGCUCAGAUAUUGCUAGAGGAUCUGCGGACGGCCGCGAAGGAGAGAGCCGAUCCCGAGAACCGUGAGCGUGGUCUUCUUCCCCCUCAAAUCCACGACCUGUCAUAUAUUGACUUUGACGACUACUUCACCACGGCGCCGAAGCCUCCGCCCACCUCUCCUGGCACACGCUAUGUAUACUGCUUAUUGAUCCCUACCUACAACAUCGACACCGUCCUCAACACUUUCCUUGGCCAUUUGGAUGAAACCCACCAUGACUUCCGCAUUGAUACCUCGUCUUUGUCAACAUUGGCUGGUUAUUCUGUUUUUGGGUUCGGUGAUAAGGAGGGUUGGCCUACUGAGGAAGAAGGAUUUUGCUCGCAAGCCAAGGAGUUAGAUCGCUGGAUGGCAAAACUUACUGGCAAAAAGAGAGCGUAUCCUUUGGGAUUUGGUGACGUCAAGAGUGAUGCUGAAUCUGCCUUGAAAGAGUGGUCCCGCGGGUUGCAGGGUAUUUUGAUCGACAUUCUUGAUAAUGGUGGCCUCGGUGAAGGCGUUCCUGGUAGCGGCGAUCCGCUCGAGAGUGACGAGGAGGACCUGGACGACGACGAGAACGACGGAAAACGCACUAAACGACGCAACGGCCAAGAUGUAGUUGACCUAGAGGAUAUCAAGAUGGGCUCUGAUGGACAGACUGGAUCUGGUCCUGUCCCAGUGGACUUUACCACAGCGGGCAAGUCCGCGGCACCCAGCCAAUCAACUGAGAAGGAAAUGGUUCCCAAGACAUCGCCCACCUAUGCUGCGCUCACGAAACAAGGAUAUACUAUCGUCGGCUCUCACUCCGGUGUAAAGAUCUGCCGAUGGACCAAGUCCGCUUUGCGUGGCCGAGGUUCGUGUUACAAGUUCUCGUUCUACGGUAUUCGAUCGCAUCUGUGUAUGGAGGCAACUCCUUCGCUUUCUUGCAGCAACAAAUGUAUUUUCUGUUGGCGUCAUGGCACCAACCCUGUCGGGACGACUUGGCGCUGGAAGGUAGAUUCACCAGAGUUGAUUUUCCAAGGCGUUAAGGAGGGUCACUACAAAAAGAUCAAAAUGAUGCGUGGUGUUCCUGGUGUCCGUGCAGAGAGAUUCGCGGAGGCGAUGCGUAUUCGCCACUGCGCCCUGAGCUUGGUCGGAGAGCCGAUUUUCUACCCUCAUAUUAAUGAAUUUUUGGACAUGUUGCACAGCGAGCACAUCUCUAGCUUCCUGGUGUGCAACGCUCAACAUCCCGAUCAACUUGAAACGCUGCAUCGUGUGACCCAAUUGUAUGUCUCGAUCGAUGCUAGCAACCGUGAAAGUCUGCGCAAGAUUGACCGCCCCCUUCACCGAGACUUCUGGGAACGAUUCCAGCGGUGUCUGGAUAUCCUACGCGAAAAGCGUCAUGUCCAGCGGACUGUCUUCCGUCUCACCUUGGUUAAAGGAUUUAACGUCGAUGAUGAGGUGAUUGGAUACGCGAACCUGGUCGAGAAAGCGUUGCCGUGCUUCAUUGAGAUCAAAGGUGUGACCUACUGCGGCACGAGCACUAGUGCUGGAGCAGGAUUAACCAUGCAAAACGUCCCUUUCUAUGAAGAAAUUCAAGAAUUCGUGGUUUCCUUGAAUACGGAGCUCGAGCGCCGCGGAUUGGACUAUGGAAUUGCUGCCGAGCAUGCCCACAGUUGUUGUGUGCUGCUUGCGUCGACGCGGUUCCAUGUGAAUGGUAAAUGGCAUUCUCGCAUUGAUUACGAUCGCUUUUUUGAACUCCUGGAAAAGGAGAAAGCCGACGGUACGCCAUUCCGCCCGGAAGACUACAUGAGGGAGACGGAAGAAUGGGCUUUGUGGGGUAACGGUGGCUUCGACCCCAAUGACCAACGUGUUUACAAGAAGGGUACCAAGAAGGCCCUCCAGGCUGCGACUGAGUGA